AUGAGUGCUUUCGGUUCUUCGCCCCUCAUGGACGCCUUUCCCACCCACCACUUUUCCGAACUACCCUCGCCUACCAAGACGGAGACAGAUGACCUUCCUAUGGAAGUAGAUCAAUCUUUCAACUCUUCUCUUUCCAUCUCGGACUCUCCGGGCUUCUCCCCAACACCCGCUAUGGGUACCAACAGGGGUUCUGGCUCUUCCAACCUCCUCCCCGCCCCGCCCGUUUUUUCGCUCAAGCCUAGACGACCGGAUCCUGUUCCGGUCCAAGUCCGACCCUCACCACGCUCAAAGACAUUCGGCGGUGCUGCUUUUGGCUCCAAGCCGCUCGGUCGCGAGAGGUCUUUCGGCACGGAGCUCUCUACCAACGCCACCGCCAACAGGCGAUCCGUCGAGUUGACCAAGAAUGGCAAGGGCAAGAUGCUGCCGCCAUCUAUCCCCGAGAGUCGGAUGUUAAAGGUCCGAGGGUCAGUGCCCAUGCAAUGGUCGUCGUCAAACGAAGAGAUGGGUAGCCCAGGACCGAGAAAGAUGUUGGGAGUGCCCAGGACAGAGAGCGACCCACUUCUCUGCUCACCGGUAUCAGGCAGAUCACCGAGAGCCAAGGACGACAACGACAUGGACGUCGACUCUCCUCACCCUCUAUCGGCUUCUGCUGCUCCACGCGGGUCCCUCAUGGCGUCUCCCGCGUUUGGCGGCCCGGCGUCGUUGAACGGUUCUCCAGGACUUGGCUCCUUUUUCUGUGACUCGCCCGGCCAGCCGGUGCAGGCGCCUCCAGCCAAGAGGCGCAGUCUCGUCACCCCUGCCUCUCCUUCUUCAAGCUCGCCCUCUGCCAAGCGCGCAUCUUUCGGCUUAUCUCGCCCGCCUCUGGAAAAGACCGCAUCAGUGGGCCCCAUGCUCUUUGGCAGCACUCGCAACGGAUCUAUGGGUACUCGCCGUGGUAUGACUGGCACCAAGCGUCCUACUCUUGGCCCCUUGUCCGCCACGACGGGCGACGCUUCCCGCAUGACCUCUGCCAGCUCGGCCUUCCCCAUUCUCUACGGCCCUCCAGCUCAGACUUUGGGUAGCGGUCAAAGCGGUACCUUCCCCCGUGCUGCCAUGGCUCCCAUGCGACGUGCUUACUCUGUCUGCGACCAGCAAAAAGCUCAUGAGGUGGACGAUGAUGAGAGCGAGUUUGAGAACUCUCCCUCGCUUGGGACACAGGCCGAGUAUGCGAGGAGGUAUGAAUCCAGAAUGGCCUCUCAUGUUGAUGGCUCUCCUGGCUUCAAGCCUUCGAGAGCUUCUAUUGCUGCCUCUGGCGAGGGAGUCGCGAGCCCUAUGGGCAAGAAGAUUAGCCCCUACGGGCCUGGAGGGUUGCCCGGUUUCGGUGAUAACGAGAUUGACGGCAAGAUCCUGCCUUGUCACAAAGUCAAGGAGGAUGGUUUGGUGAGAAUCACCCCUGAUACUCUCGACAGCCUCCUUGACGGCAAGUACAACGACAAGCUGAAACGAUUCCAUGUCAUCGACUGCCGAUUCCAAUACGAGUACGAAGGCGGUCACAUCGCCGGCGCCGUCAAUGUCAAGUCGAUGGACGCGCUCGAUCACUUGCUUCUCUCUGAGGCUGAGGGUCUUCACGCCAAUGGCGAAACUUUGCCUACCCCGAGCCGCAGCGGAGAGUUGCCAGACGGCCAACCGGUUGUACUCGUUUUCCACUGCGAGUUUAGCGCCAAGCGAGCCCCUGCCUUUGCCAAACACCUGCGCUCCCGUGACCGACUCCUCAACAAUGCCAUAUAUCCUCGCAUCUUUUACCCCGAAGUCUACAUCCUUGAAGGUGGCUACUGCGGCUUCUAUCAAACCCGUUCCGACCGCUGUGACCCCAAGGGCUACACACGCAUGGAUGACCCCGAACACUUUCAUUCGCGCGACUCUGACUUGCACGAGUUCCGCAAGUUUAGCCGAACCCGUUCAUUCACCUACGGCGAGUCGCAGCAGGCAGCGGCUCAAACGUCGAGGGCGCUGCCCCCUUGUCCACCUAUGGCUUUUGCUGCCGCCUCAGCUGCUGCUGCUAGGCGGAAUGGAGCCAGUGGAGUGACGAUCAAGGAAGAAGACGACGGGGAGCCCGAAUCCUCGCCUCACCCAGGCGACAGCAGCGCCGAAAUAGACUUUGGGACGGACGCCAGUCCUUGUCCUCGCGGGCAAGUCGUGAGCUUGGGUCAACCGCCUCUCUUUGGCUCGGCCAGACCACGGACAUUGGGCCGAAUGGGUUUCGCGAGAGUUGCCUCGUAUGCGGGUCCUACAAACCCCAACUCUACUGGCUUGGGCUUUCGGUAA